AUGUCAUCCAGAAAGGGCAAUCUUCUUCCACCGUCAUAUUAUACCACAAAGAUGUCAUGCUCCGAUAGUCCAUCUGGAAAUUCGUUUCUGGUAGACUCCUUGAUCCACGGAAGGGCCGAGGGAAGUGGACACUAUUACCAAAACAGCGGAGUCUACUUGCAGCCGACCUCCGAGUAUUCUUAUGGACUGUCUAACUGUGGCUAUUUUUCUGGACUCAAACGGAACGAGAGCAAUUCGCAAAAUGUAGUCCCUACGUGUGGGCCAUAUCAAGGCAUGGAAACAUGGCUGGAGACGUCGAGGUCCUGUCGCACUGAACAGCCUAACAACCAAAUUACCCCACGGUCGUUCUCGCCCACCAUAAAAGAGGAAAACUCUUACUGCUUAUACGAGUCUGAGAAGUGUCCAAAAGACACCAUUACAGAGGACAUAUCGUACUCCCGGCUGACACCAAACUCGUGUCCAUCUAGCAACAAUAACGGCUGUGUUCCGGUACCUGGUUACUUCCGUCUAUCUCAGACAUGCACCACAUCUGAAGGUUUUCCAGACAACCAGUCUGUACCGACUCAUGCUGCUGCUCAACGCUCUACCCGAUUUGACAGCUCUCUUUCAGCCAUAGGAGCAGAAGCGAGCAGGGAAGAGAGCGACGAGCCUCCCACAUGCGCACCAUGUGCCCCGGCAAGAAACAAGGAGCUAAGGGGGUCCACUGGCACCGCUUCAUCUCCAGAACCACCGGACAGUCCGGAGAAGGCGGUCACUGUUACUAAAGGAGAUUCCAAAAGUGACAAUACAGUUAACUGGCUGACGGCGAAGAGUGGUCGUAAGAAGCGUUGCCCCUACACCAAACAUCAGACUCUAGAGCUAGAGAAAGAGUUCCUCUUCAACAUGUACUUGACACGAGAGCGUCGCCUCGAGAUCAGCCACAGCGUUCACCUCACGGACAGACAAGUCAAAAUCUGGUUUCAGAACCGACGGAUGAAGCUGAAGAAGAUGAGUCGAGAAAACCGAAUCCGAGAGUUGUCGGCCAACUUCAGUUUUUCAUGAAGCCUCCUCGCUUUAUAGAUCUCUGGCGCCCUCCUUCAUCAGCUGCAGUGGUAGCCUACUUCAACCCUACAACAAACCGUCUCCGUAGGUGUGUGUGCAUAGAUGACUUGUGCAAGAUACUAUUGAUAACUUAUUGUGUGUCGUAUACUGUUGACGUUUUUAUCCGUUUAUGUAUAAUUUUAUUUGACAACUCAGUCGUCAUAAGAUGUCAUGGUUAUUUAUAAACUGUCAAGAGUACUUCACUGUAAAAGCAAGAGAGGAAAAUAUAAGAAUGCUGAAGGUGUUAAUUGUACAUAGCAUUCAGACUAUAUUGUACAUUUACUGUAUAUAACUGCGGUAUUUGCAUGUUGUAAUAAUAACUAUUAUGAAACCAUUUUUAAAUAAUAACAAUACGUUUCUUCCUAAGUACGACCUUGUCAUGUAUUUGCUGGAAGAAGUCCGGUUCUUAAAAUGUAGAAACUUAUAAACAUGACGGGACUUCCUGUAUUAUUUUAACAGCAA